AUGGCCGCGAUUCCUGGAUGGGCCACAGACGAACUCGGCGAGGAGUGGCCAGAGUCAUCUCCCUCCCCGCCCCCCACCGCCAAGCACCACCCCGUCCCCUCCCUCAAGACCAACCCAGACUCAAUCAGUGCAAAGCGCGGCUCACUACGCAUGCUCGGACAGGCUGCUGCCCGCCCCCUUCCGCCCUCCAGAAGUGCCAGCAGUGCAUCAGCGUCUGAGCCAAAGAGGAUAGUCUCGGGCCAUGUGGAUGAAGGCCGGGGGCACGUAUCAGGAACAGGCCUCGACGUUGGUGUCUUGUCUCCGCCCUCCUCGCGGGCGUCUUCGGAUGGCAAGCCCGAACCUGUCGCUGGGACAUUCGUGGUGAAGGAGGGAGUGGACGAUGAUCGGGGAGCGCAUCUUGCGAGGAAUGGUAUGGGGGUGAAGGGAAAGGAUAUUUUUGGCGCACUGCCCCUUGAGCGGAUGUUUGACCCGCCAUCUCCAGCCGCAGCCGAUGUCAAGGCCGAACAUGCGCAAACUGCUGAACCUUCAACAUCGCCAGAAUCUGCACCCCCGACACCUGCUCCCAAGGCUACCGAACCUCCUCGGAGGGCGUCUCAUCAAUAUGCGCCUCUGAACCCAUCGCGGCUUAGUAAAUCAGUCACACCUUCGUCCAACGACUCCUUCACCACAACCACCUCUAGCGCACCUUCGCGCUCAACCACCCCCAUCCCAGCUCCUCCUCGAGAACAUGAAGGCGAGGACUCUCUUCUCAGAGAUUCCACCAUCAUCAGAAGCGACAUUGAUGAUUCUGCUUUUGGCGGCGACUUCGUGACUGCGCCCCAGGGUGAAGAGUCGCGAAACGAAAUUCAAUACGCCGGAUCCCAGGGUAUCUCCAUCCAGUCGUAUGCUUCAUCUACUCGGGUGCGAGAGGAUUCUCCCUUCUCCGCCCCCGGUGCUAGCUACCAAUUCACUUUUGAAUCUCCUCACCAACCGUCACAAAGUGCUCAAUUUAGCCUCGAGGGAAGCCCUUUUGACCCAGAGCGCGAUGCGGCUGUAGAUGGCCCUUCCCAUUCUACUUUGAACUUUCGUUCGAGGCCUCUGCCUUCUGUCAUUGCUGGUCUGGCAGCCGGUCCAAGCAGUGGACAAACACCCAUCAACCCUGCUUUGCGGCUAUUCAGAAGCACAUACGAUACCUUUACCCGGGAACACCUCUCUGCAAUGGUCGACAGCAUUGCCAUCGAACCUUCUCCCUCACCUCCCAGUAUACCCAGUGUGAGAGGUUUGCGGGAGUGGUCCCCUGCGGCCGAUGACUCUGCUUCACCUUCUCAGCCAUCUUCGGCUUCUCGCGCCGGGUCUACUCCCUCUACAAUGUCAUCAGACGCGCGAUCUUCAAAGAGGUUGAGAUUGUCUCCUGCUUCUCCCCCAGCAAGGAGGGCGCCCUUGAGAGACUGGGCAGCUCAAGGAGCCGCUAUGAUAGGCAAGCUUCGUGGUGUAGAUGCGAGUACGGACGGUGGGAGUGUGAGUGGGUUCAGUGGUAACGAGGCACAAGAAGGAAACACGGUGGAUUAUGUCUCGUCACCGUCUCCCCCUGUCCAAGCUCCGCCUCCAGCCAAAUCAAACUCUGAUCGUGGUACCCAGAGUGAUCGUCCCACUCAUCGAUCCAACCCUUCUUCCACCUCAUCCGGCUACCUGCAAGCUGCCGCAGACAUCAUGGCACGUAUCAAGCAGCGAAAAGUUUCUGAAUCUGCCUCGGAUAGCCCUCAUAUUCACGGCGCCUUGACAGAGUCGGAUGACAAUCGCGUUUGGGAGGAGGAAGCUGGGCGAUAUGCCAUGGCCAAAGGAAAAGGCAAGGUGGGCCCAAGCCCCCGGAGGAUUUUGCGGCACCUUAGUGCGUCGGAGGAAGUCAAGCGCGCCCGCGAAGAAGAAACCGACAGCGACGACGAAGGGGAACAGAUACAAUUCUCCCAGGUCUCCCGUGUAUCGUACGCCUCCCAUACGUCUUCCGUCAACCGCCAACCUCCUCGGUACCUCGAGGAACGCAGACCGACAAGCCAAGCGUCUUCCGUAGACGAUGCGGGUGGGCCACACAUACCCCAACCUCCACAGUUCAAUGCUGACGAUCUCAAUCGUUACAUGUCCUCCUCUACCCAUGCGACUACUACCACUGCUCUCUCCACUUCUUUUGUCAAACAUCGUGGUCCGCGUGCAGCUCCCCCUACACCUUCUGCCAUGCGCAUGAUCCGUCCGGAUGAAGUUCGGGACGUUGUGCCUGAUAGAAUUGGCAAGAUGAGGUAUGACCGGGUUGGGAUGAGAUGGGUACGAGAGCUGGGAGCUGUGGAUGAAGCUGGAGAGAGUCGUCUCACCGGAAGCGAGGAAAGUGUUGAUGUCUUUGCUGGGAUGGAGAGCUUGGCUGCGGAGGAAAGGAGCAGGAGCGUCGUGCCUCAGCAAGCCGCUCCGGUUGACCUUCAGCCCCUUGACGAGUCCAUCAUUGAACAUGACCGCGAAUUGAGGGAGAAUGCCGACGACGAGCAGAGUCUUGUUGGCCGCCCCGAGAGAAGCGCUGUGACUUCCAGCAGCAGCAGUGAGGACGAUCAAGUGCUUCAACACCAUGACGACAUUACAAACCUCGUGCAAGAUGAGGAGGAAGACGAUUCAGGCUCCGAGUCUGAUGUGGACGAGCAGACAGUCCGUCCACAGGCUGCUCCAUUGCAGACAUCUCCUCAACGUCCUCUUCAUCACGUCCACUCUGCACCGGCGAUGAUGACCCCAACGCCAUCAGCAUUCGCCCCCAGGCCUUUGCGCUCUGCUCUUCGCAACGUCAACGGAGGUAGUGCUACGCCCGCCCCUGGGCCAAAGAAGAGACAAGGAUGGUCUGACGAAGCGACACCCAUGCCUGCGGGACGAGGAGCCACUCCUGCUAGUAGCCAGAGGCGAAGCGUCAGCUUCUCAGAUGGCAAGAAGGCUGGCAAGAUUGAGAAUGUUGAGGUGGAAAUUCAGAUGGCAAGGUGGACGGCCAAGGCACAAGAUGAAGAAGAGGAUCUGUUCAGAGGCGAUGGGACCAGCGGAGAGAAGAGCUUCUUGCCUAGUGCGAGGACAAAAAGGAUCCAGGGGCUGCUCGAGAAUAUGGGCGACCUCACUCUCGCAGACGAGACGCCUUCCAAGCCGCCUUCGCGAUACGUCGAAAAGUCUGAUCGUCCUUCGUCCCGCAACUCGCUCGCCAAUUCAUCCCGACAAUCCCAUUCCCUCGCCAACUCUUCCGACUCGGACUCCGCCGUCCCCAUUCGUUCAUUCCGAAACCGUAGCUCUGGUGGGCCGCGUAACACUGCGGAUGCGACCUUCCUCACGGAAUGCUCGUUUGGCGUGGCGCAUGAUAAGCUUGUAGAAAUGAUUACGGAUGCUGAACCUUUCAACCCUCACUGGGAGAAGCUCAAGAGUAUCAACCUGAAGGGAAAAGGAGCGGACAGUGUUGCUAGGUUGAAGGAGUUCUUGCCGAAUCUUGACGAGGCGAAUUUGGAUGACAAUGCUAUCGGCUACUUGAGUGGCAUACCGUCGUCGGUUAGGACACUCCACGUGGCUGGCAACCGGUUGACAAGUCUCACUUCCGUCAACCAUCUGCGCAACCUGCAAUACCUUGACAUCUCUGGAAACAAACUGGACAGCGCAGCGCAACUCUCUUGCCUCAUUCACCUUCGUGAACUCAAGGCCGAUAAUAAUGGCAUUUCGGACCUCAGUGGUAUUCUGGAUAUGGACUGCCUCAUCAAGGUCAGCUGUGCCAACAACAAGCUCGAGGGACUAGACCUUUCAAGCUCCAGAUGGUCGAAACUUGAGAGUCUAAAUGUCAGCAACAACAGCAUUACCUUCAUCAAAGAUCUGCAUCAAUUGUCUUCAGCUGCGUCCAUCAACCUCGAUGGGAAUCAACUGGAUGUGCUGGCUCCUUCCAAGCCGAUGCCGAAUGUCCGCGUCCUGCGAUUCAGUGACAACGAAGUGUCGCACUUUGACGUCUCCCUCUUCCCGAAGAUCAGGACGCUCUACGCCGACAACAACUCCCUUACUCACAUUGCUCGUACCGACCGACACGCCUCCAGUCGGUUGGAAAAUAUCUCCCUCCGUAACCAGCGGGCGCCAUCGCUCCGCCUAACGUUUGCCGACCUGGAGAACGUUCGCAGACUCUAUGUCUCUGGCAACCCGCUGGGCGACGACUUCUUCCCUCGUCGUCCUCUCUACUCGCUAGUGUAUCUUGAAGCUGCUGCUUGCAAGAUCACUGCCUGGCCCAGCAAUUUUGCCAGCAACAUGCCGCAUCUCAAGAUGCUCAACUUGAACUACAACUAUUUGACAAGUCUUGACGGCAUCAAAGGGCUGAAAGAGCUUAGGAAGUUGACGAUUGUUGGUGGAAGAAUUGGAGGUGAAGAGGACAGCAAAGCGAAUAAGGAUAUUAUCUCGGGCUUGAGGGGCGUGGAGACUAUCGAGGAGCUUGAUCUGAGGAUGAACCCCUCAACGUUGAGCUACUAUUUCCCUCUUCUGCUAUCUUCUUCAUCCCCGUCUUCCAUCCUCGACCCUUCGACUGCAAAGCCCCGGCUGGCAGACCAGAGUACUGUUGCAAAACCUGUGGCUGCCCCACCAGCUUUGUGGCACAGCUACGAUAAUCGCUUCAGGAAGAAUCUUCCCGAUGAGUGGUACUCUAAACGUCUACUGCAUAGAGGGCUGGUCAUGAAGGCUUGUCCUCAAAUCAAGAAGCUAGACGGGAUUGUCGUUGAGGACGGGGAGAAGAAGAAGGCAGAGGAGCUUUUGCGGGCGGCGUUGGUCGCGAGGAGACAUUGA